CCGCGGGGGGUGGGCAGAAUUCUCUUAGUCACAGGGUUCUUGUUCUUUUUCUGUACGAGGAAGUGAUCUGAAACAGGGGUGGAGGCGUAGUGGAAGAAGAAAAGUAGAGGAAAAGGAGAGAUUUGAGAAAGCAUAGCUGAAUAUAGAACACAGAGCAGCAAGCAUGACGAACGGAUACAUUUUAGAGAUCAGGACGUCGUCGUCUUCGCCUGGCGCAGACGAGGUCGGAGGUGGAGGAGGGGCCGGGAAUGGCCCCAAGAAGAAUAUGAACCGUACAGACCGCCUCAAGGCGCAGUUCAAGGGAAUAGACAGUAAAGACAACGACUUGGCGUUGCGGAUGAACAGCAAGGCAAGUGCAGAUGGGAAGAGGAGGCGGCACCAGGGCGGCAGCGAGAAGCACGGGAGGAAGAGCUCGUCACACUCUUUGGACAAGUACAUCAAAUUUACAGUGAAGAGGUCAGACCGCUCGGAUGACGACAUAUUGAACCGAAUGACGAAGUUCAUGUUUAUCUUUCUCAGUGUGGGCUUGUUCUGGCAUGUGCUGAACAACGUGGACCCGAUCGGGAAGGUGAUUGGAGGCCGGGGACGUCUGAUGGAGAUAAACGACGUCUUUUGGCGAGAGUACCACAAGGUGACCGGGGUGCUCAACGGGAGGCGACAUCGAAUAGACGAGCGACUUUUGAAGAGGAGCGAACAUGCAGGCGGAGAGCUUGGAUACAACGUGGGCAGCGACAGCCGGAUACGAGAGGGGUUGAGGGACGCCGUGGUGAAGGUGUUUUUGGUGGUGGAGAAGGUGUUCUUCGAGAUGAAGAUGGGCCGCGAGGAGUGCUUCGUGCAGGACCUGAUCAGCCUGUUCUACUUGGGGAUCAGUGUGUUUGUGAUCAACGAGAUCUACUGGCGGAUCUACCACGAGAUCGAGGAGAGCUUGAUCAUCAUUCCGCACUUGGGCGUGCAGGCCGAGAGCAUCUUGAUCAAGGAGAACAUCUGGCAGGUGCUGAAGAGCGUGCUUGGGCUGCGGCGGCUGCUGUUCAACAUGAACCCGGGGCUGGCGCACGUGCCGGCGACGGGGGCAGCGCCGGCCGCAGCGUCGGCGGCGGCGCCUGUGCCUCCGUGCAGCAAGGAGAAGGGCGUGGUGAUCAACAAGCAGUUUGUGCCGAUGGACUACGUGAAGGACAUUGUGAUCAACGAGGGCUUCAAGGGCUUCGAGGUGGUGUUCUACAUGACGUUGAUCAUGGAGGAGGGCGUGGUGGUGGUGAGCGGCGGCAGCGAGGAGCGCUGGGACGCCGGCCACGCCAGACGCAGCCACGGUGCCGCCCGCCGGGCCGCCCGCCGGGCCGACCGGGACCGCCGCACAGGACUCGACGUCGUGGUGGACGUGGACCGCCGCCUGGCGGACGACGACGACGGCGACAGCGCCGCCAACACCAACGACGACGAUGACGGCUACGACGGCGGCCGCAGCGGCGACGACGCCGCCCCCGCCGACCACGACACAGGCUACUACAGCGGCGACCACGGCCGCCACCGCGUCCUGCCAGACUCCACCUCCGUCCCCGAGCAGACCAAGUUGAAGAUGAUCGUUGUGUUUCCCAACCUGCUGCCGCGGCGGGCUGUCUUGGAGACCGUCUUCCGCAAGAGCCGCGAGUACCUGAAGCGCUGACACGCCCCCACAGACACAUAUACAUACAUAAAUACAUACAUACACCUCUAAUCCACCAUUCGACGCUUCCGUCUGACCCUCUGGCACUCCGACACCCUUCUCUACAACACCCCGGGUGUCGCACCCCCUGCGGCUGUGCCGUCGUACCCCCGUUCCGCCUGCCUCGCUGAGCCCCCUCCCUCCCCCUUCCCGGCCCACACGUGCGCUGACGUAAGCGCCCACCCGCCGCUUGUUUACGUGCCGGCGCGGCCGUGACUGUUAUUGUUGUUUUUUGUUGUUGUUGUUGUUGUUGUUUUUUUUUUGCGACUGUUGUUUGCCUGUUGCUUUUCUCGCUUCUGGAUUUUUCGCUGUCGCUAUUGUUGAAGGGCGAUCUGUUUUUCUACUGCGGUGACGUGGUUAUUGCCUUUCGCCAGAUGCGGAAAGGAG